UUGUUCCGUUUCCCUCUUUUGUACCCCUUCAAACCCCUCCUACUUUUCCUCGGUAUUCUAAUAAAAUUGACUACGUACAUAAAACACCAUGAACGAUUAUCAUGGCGCACGUAGUGCCGCUGGAUCUGUUGCUAGUGUCACUACAACGGCAGCGGUAGCAGAAGAUGAUGUUCAAACUUACGUUGCAAGUCCGGGGGAGUCAACAAACAAGCUUCAAUGGCUUGCCCUUCUGUUGCCAGCAGCAGCAGCGCUUUGUAUCUAUCUUUGUCUCCGUACAAGACGUGCCCGUAGAACUACAAAGCAGCAAACAAGUAAUAGCGAUAUCACUACAGCUACAGAUGAUGAAUGGUACAUCCCCUCGCAUGCUCGGCAGCACCACACCGAGUCGAAUCAUUACAGACAUCCAGACAGUAAUCAUCAUCAUUAUCAUCCACAGCAAGAGCCAAACCAUCAUCGCGUUCUUCCACUGAUACGAUUCUCGGAUCCAGUCGCUAUCCAGCACCCGAUUCCAGCACACCCCGGCCCACGGAGACGAUACUACAUUCAUCAACAGGAGCGCGUUAUUUAUGGGCGCCGUAAUCGUCAUCAUCAUCACUCAUAUCAAAGACGACGAAGAAGAAGACGCCCACGAGCACCUCCUCCUGCCUACCCGGGAAUGGCUUCCCCGCCCCCUCCACCGUAUGAAGAUGUUAUGCUGCAACGGACAAAUCAACCACAAUCAAGUGAAGACGACGACGAACCACUCGCUCAUAUUCACCCAGCAUUCCAUCAUAACUAUCAGCACUAAUUCCAUCUUCCUUUUGCUCCUCGUCAUCGCCAUUCCACUACCGCCACUAUUAAUAUUGCUACAGCCGCUACUGAUAAUAAUAGUAAUAAUAAUAUAUAAUACCAAUAAUAGUUAUUAUUCAAUCCUGGAUGCGCCUGCGGUGUAGAUCUUGUUUAUUACUAGUUCCAAUCAUCUUUUGGUUCGCGUGCUUUCGUUCUAUAUGUCCAUGCUUCUUUU